GGCUGACGAGUACAAGAGUUGCACCCAUUACUAGUAUAGUGUCUACUGACUUACUAACUAAUGACGCGGACUUCUGAGUCAGUAUUUAGUAUUAUUAACAUUUUUUUAAAAUUAACUACAUUAGUUAUUAAUAUAAGUAACCAGUAGGUAAAUAAUAAUUAAUGCCUGGUCUGUGGUCGGCAUUAAUUAUGUCUAAUAUACAAUUGUAUAAGCUUUCUAGUUAGCUGAUGACUAUUAUUAGAUUCUUGGAAACUUUAAAUGUACUAGAAUUAUGUGAACUACCUAUGCGGAUCUCAAAUUAUGUGUACAUAAUACAUUAACAGUUGAUACUCAUUUUUUCACUUAAAUUAAGAAAAUUCAGGAAGACCAUAAUGGUUACAAUUCAUAGUCUCAUUACAAAGAAAUUUAUACAAUAUUUAUUUUGUAUCACUGGUUUAAUAUUUUUUUGUGAAUAUGGCAUUUAUUACGUCGUUUUAUCACAAUGCAAUUGGCCGUCAGAUAGUAACAUGACAUCGGAGCAACCUGUUAAAGUAAUGUUUUUAGCUGACACACAUUUACUUGGUACGAGGAAAGGCCAUUGGCUUGAUAAAAUGAUACGAGAAUGGGAAAUGGGAUGUGCUUUUCAAACUGCUAUCAAAUUACAAAAACCAGAACUUAUUUUUGUUUUAGGUGAUUUAUUUGAUGAAGGAUUAUGGAGUAGUGAAAGAGAUUUCAACUCAUACGUUGAAACAUUUAAAUAUUUGUUUUCAGUACCAUCAGAUAUACAAUUAUAUGCUAUUGUUGGUAAUCAUGAUAUUGGAUUCCAUUAUGGAAUAACACCAUAUCUCGAAAAAAGGUUUAAUAAAGUGUUUCAUACUGGUCCAGUAGAAUUGAUCAGUAGACGUAAUGUUCAUUUUAUAACAAUUAAUAGUAUGGCUAUGGAAAUGGAUGGAUGUUUUUUAUGCCAUACUGCUAAAUUAAAACUAAACGACAUUUCAAAAAGGUUAAAAUGCAGUCAAAAUGAAAAUAAAUGUUCAAAAAAAAUGAUGCUAGAUGGAAAUUACAGUAAACCCAUACUAUUACAACAUUUUCCAUUGUACAGAAAAAAUGAUAUGGCCUGCAAUGAACCAGAUUCAGCGUCAUUAAAAGAAAAAGAAAAACCGUUUCGUGAGGGCUUGGAUUGUCUACGCAAAGAUGCAACAGACAAGUUAUUAAAAGUGGUGCAGCCUCGUCUAGUUUUUGGUGGUCAUACUCAUCACGGUUGCCAUAUUAAACAUACAAAUGGAGUUCAUGAAUACAGCAUAUCUUCAUUUAACUGGAGAAAUAAAUAUAAUCCAAGUUAUACGCUUGCAUUAUUUAGUAUGGAUAAUUAUUCCAUUGAAACUUGUCAUAUGCCACAAGAACAUACAAUUGUAUUUAUUUAUUUAACUUCUAUUAUGAUAUUUUUAUUUUUUAAAGUAUUCAAAUUAAAACGAAUUAACUAUAUUAACAAGGAUUAUCAUCUAUUUAAUCAUAAAAAUUAAUCAUAAGAAUACUAUAAUUAAUUUUUUUAAGCUGUUAGACAAUGUUCUGUUCGUAUAAUGGUUGUUCAGCAAUUAACCGGCCGAAACCUAACCUAGAAAGAUCUAUUGUGUUAUAUCCACCCUCAG